AUGAAUUCGGACCCCAAGUUCUUGCACAUUCCAUACAACAAACGAUGGGAGUACUUGAAGGAGACCAUCAGCCAGCUGUACCUUGAGGAGGGUGAGAAGGUUGACAAACUGGCCUCCAGAAUGAAGUCAGAGUAUUCUUUUGAUGCUUUGCCGAGUGCCUACAAGUACCAGUUCAAAAAAUGGGGCAUCAAGAAAAGCACUUCUUCCAAGGUCAAGGCCCAGGCCGUCAAGGUGCAAUUGAAGAGGAAGAGAAAUGCAAGUACUUCUGACCUCACCAUCGUCGAAGGCGGACGUGAGAAGUCGCUGGAUAAGAAGAAACUGAAGCGCUUUCUCCAAGACGACCUCAGACGUCGCCAUGAGCCCACACUGGCAGGCGGCAUCUUCUUGCGCAUGAAUCUUCCAUACAACGCCCUUGUUGCCAAUUUCACCCACCCAGGUGGUCCACCAUCACCGUUUGCUUCCGUCUCUCAUCAUAACUCUCCGGCAAACAUCAUAGUCAACAGCCCCAACAGCCAUCGCACCCCUUCUUCUCAGCCAGUUGGACCUUCGCCAACGACCCAGCUGAUACGAGAUAAAGCCCAUCUGGAAAGAGCAGACCUCUUCAUUCAAGGGCAGUACCAGGAGUUGCUGCUCCAACUAGGUCGGGAAGAGCGCAAAGUCGUGGCAGACUGGUUACAUGACUUCUGGAUUCAUUCCUUCAUGACCGCCAAGUACUGGGGCAGAGGUCCUGAAACCUGGACUCCUGGCCUCAUUGCUGCAAAGACACUUGGUUCAGUUGAACUGGAAGGCUCGGCUUCUAUUCCUGGCGACAUAGCAUCAAUGCCCGGCGCGUCUCGCAUCACAGUCGAUCCACCCUCCCAACUCUGUCGAUGGAGUAUCCACUAUCACACAAACAUGCAAUACGAGUCUGUACCGUCACCGCCGCCUGGGGAUAGCAACGAGCAGGACAUUGAGGAUGAGUCAACAUGGUUACCAUGGGAUGCUUCCCGUCAUCGCCCCACACCUGCAGACAUAAUGAAAUCGGUGCUCUCAGACAACAGUUUCUCACGCAUCGACGAGCAUGACGUCCCACUAUCCACAUCAUCGAUAACGGGUGCGGUAAAUCGUUCUCAGGACCAAAUUGAGGUAGACUCGUGGGGAUUUGCUAUCAUGGCAAGGAAUUUAGAAUCUUUGCGCGCUCUAGGAGAGAAUGGAGACAAGAUGCCCCCUGAUGACCUCAAGCAUAUCUACCCUUUUCACCUUGCUGCCUCACACCUGGAUGGAGCCCACAACUGCUGCUUGAUUCUCAAUUACCUGAAUUUAAUGUUGGAUGAUGAGCUUCUCUUCGACGACAAUUAUACGAACGAUCUCGGUCACACCGUCCUUGACUCACUCAUGAUCAACAUACUCCGGUCACACACCUCGGUUAGCCCUGGCGAGGCUUCUCAAAGCUUCGAAAGGCAAAACCGGUUCCCAGGCGAGGAGGUGGACAUCUGCGGUCGAUGGGACGCUGAUUCGAGGUGCAUCCGACAACUCUACGGUUCGGGCAGCUGCACCAUUCCGUUCGAAUGGAAGCAUCCCUACUGUCACACAUCGGUCCAGGCCAUUUGCCAUUCAAUUAUCACCUUGUUCAUGACAGAAUACGCUCUCGAUAUCAAUCUCCCCAGUGGGUUAUUCUCAAAACGCUGUGGCUGCUGCCGCAAGGACCUGAAGCUCUUUCCACUCCAUACCCUAGUUAUGGUGGCAUUCUAUCUGGGAGAUCGUGGAGCUCCGGGGGAGACCAUGUUUGGCGCAAUUGCAACUUUGAGCUGCAUGCUUGCUGUUGGUGCAAACCCUUGCCAGACUGCUGAGAUAUCGGUUCCCGCGCUCCUUGGAACUGAUACGAGCGAGGAAUGCACGCAUAGCUCCGUCACGCCUUCAGAGCUUGCCUCACUCGUGCCAAAUGAAGUGGUGGAAUCCUGGCCGCGUGGACGGCAAAGCGGCUGGAGAGCAUUUGUUGCUGUGUUGAACUUUGCCAUUUCUGAGUGGGAUGAAUAUGAUAUAGAGGGCCCACUCUCUAACAGCGAAGGUCUUGGAAUUCUCUGGGCAGCCUCGCAAACUGAGAUGCUAACCUAUCGUCGAAUCAAGACGAUUGACCACUGGGUUUCGGAUAGAUUUGACAUCCAGCAGCUAUUGCAAGGCCUCAACGAUGGGCUAGGGCCAACCAACAUCCCGCUCUACAGGGACGGCUUAAUGCAGGCUUUUGACAUGCAGGGCUGGUUCGACAAGUCCCUGCCAGCAGCUGAAGAAGUGUGCAAUCACUACUUUAUGAACUUGGAGGACUGGCACCGUACAACCUUUCUUGAUGCUACAAUAAUAAUAUGA